CAUAACCGCGUAUUUCAAACUAUCGGUGUCUGGCAUAUGUUAAGCACUGACUUUAGAAUGAAAACCGUACUUUUUUACGCUUUUAUGCCGUUUUAUUCUUAAAGAAUACGAGGCUUAACGUCCUUGUUUACAAACAGUAAGGUUAGCGUACGCAGUGUUUCAAUCAAGUCAGGAGAAGUUGGGUCCAGGGUAUCCAUCUGUAGUGCUACGGCUCCAGGAAGACCAGAAAGGGACUAGAAAAAAUGCCAUCUCGAAACCAUCUUGACAAAAUUGGAAGGAAGACAAAGAAGAAAUGGACGGAGGAGGCCAUGGAGCAAGCACUAAUUGAGGUAAAGUCAGGGAGAUGCACGGUGAGACAGGCUGCCAAGCAGUUCGGGGUUCCUAAAUCUUCACUGGGGGACAGAGUCAGUGGACGGGUGACUCCGGGGAGUCGCAGUGGGCCAGCUCAGCUCAUAACAUCUGCAGACGAGGAGCUUCUGGUGGAAUUUUCUUUAUACAUGUCCAAGCAUGGAUUCCCACUGACCAAGCAACAGCUGGUGUCCUUUGCCUCGUCCAUUUAUAAGCGGCAGCAUCGGAGAGUGGCGUUCUCUAAACUAGGACAGACUUGGUGGCUCAAUUUCAGGAAGCGGCAAGAAAAGAAUAUAACCAUUCAGCCGGCAGACAACGUCAUCCGAGGGAGGACGGUGUGUGUGAGGAAGGAAGCAGUGGAUCAGUUUUUUCAUUUACUGAACACAGUUUUGGAUGCUCGAGGACUUGGAGACAAACCUCAACAGAUCUUUAACUGCAAUGAGACGGGCUUUCAGCUCGGCAGGAAGAGGGUGAUUAUCCCCAAGUCUGCCAGUCAGGGCUACAAGCCAACACAAGGCUUGAGGGACCACAUCUCUGUCCUGGCUUGCUUUAAUGCAGCUGGAGAGGACAUUCCCCCAUUUAUUAUCUACUCAAAGGCUUAUCCAGGGGGAGUAUGUUACAAGACACAAGGGCCCCCAAAUGCUCUCUAUGGAUGGUCGGACUCUGGGUGCAUCAACUCUGAGCUUUUCAAGAAAUGGUUCCUCAAACAUUUUCUUCCUUGUGCACCCAAGGAGCGCCCUCUUCUGUUGAUUUUUGAUGGCCACAGGUCUCCAGUGAACCUGGAGGUGGUGGAAGCAGCUCGUAAAGAGGAUGUCAUCCUUCUUUGCCUCCCUCCUCACUGUUCUCACAUCCUACAGCCGCUCGACGCAGGGCUUUUUGUCCUCCUGAAGCAGCGUUUUGCGGCGCUCAUCGGUGAUGGUUGUGCCACAGAUUCACACUUCCCGGUCAGUAAGAAGGAGUUCUCAGGUGUGUUCAAAGGGACUUAUCAGGUGGUGGAGGAGGAGGAGGGCAUCAGGACUGUGAAGGAAGGCUUUAGGAAAUGUGGCAUCUACCCGCUGAACCACUACAUCAUAAAUGAGGGGCAUUUAAUGCCACCACACUGCAUGGGGCGUGCAGAGGAGGUUUCUCUGUCCACAUCAGCUCAGGAGCUGCACAGCAUAGAGGAUAUGACAGCUUCUGGAACCUCCUCUUAACUCCACACUACCAGAGACUCAUCAGCCAGCCAACACUACUGUCAAGGAAGGCAGGGGACUAAUUUAACUAAACCUCAAUGAAUGCUAAUUAAUUACAUUUUCCAAAAUACUGAAUAGUUUUACAGUCCUGCUGAAGUAGCAACUCCUCAUCCUAUCCCUAGAGCACUCACUUUGUUGCCAUCUUGCCAGAAAAUCAGACUGUGCUGGUACUUUUGUUAAAGUUAAGUUCAGAUUCAGCCAUAAAGGAAAAUGUCUCAAACUAAUGAAGUUCAAAUUUUAAAAAGAAUCAAAAAAUUAAAUUCAGAUGCAAAAAAAGUUUUACUUUUUCAAUGCUAUUUGGAUUUAUCUCAUCUCUGUUAAUUUCUAUAUAUUCUAUAUUUCUAUAUGUAGAAAAUGUAGGGGAUGUCCUUUUCAGUAAGUAGAGUUCUCUGAUUUCCAUUUUUCAUCAAUUGUAGGGAUGUAUGAUGUAAUCAGCAUGAUAUAAAUAUCAGCAGAUGCUAGAUUUCUGUAUCGGCAGAUAUGAACAUCUCUGCCCUUAUUUACAGACAAUAUAUCAGCCGUACACAUCUGCAGUAUGAUUUAUAUUAGCAAAAUGUACAAAUGCAAUAUCAGGUAGGCUAUAGGUGGUUGUGACUAAACGAAUUCAGCCAGACUGCAUCAUCAGAACUCAUCAAACACUCUCAUAGUGUGACAUUGUCAAUCACACGUCCAAGAUGCCCCACAACUACAAUUCAAGAAGACUAGCAUAUUAGAAUUUUUCCUGCAUCAUCGCCAAGUUUGGCACCUUUAGAAGUACAUACAGUGAAGCUAUAUGGAUUAGGCUGGCUAAUUUGGCUUAUUUUUCUUUACGUUUUUAUGUCCAUACCUCAAGUUCUAUGUGAAGAGUAGCCAUAUUGUCCUCCUCUUGAUACAUCAGGACGAGUUCAUAAAUGUUAUUAAAGCCAAUAAGCAGUUACAUUCCCCCUAUAAAAAUACAGUUUAAAUUUUGUUUUCUUCUUUUAAGAAGAGAACAGACAAAGCUUGACUUUUUACAAAUCUGCAUCAUAAUGUACAGUGCAUUCAGAAAGUAUUCAGGCCCACUUCACUCUCCAGUCCUGAAAUGUUGCAGCCGGAUGCUUCAGUGGUUUGAAUUAAUUUUUUCCCUCAUUAAUUUACAUUCAGUACCCCAUCAUGACAAAGUGAAAAAUAUCACAUUGGCAUGUAAUCAGUAACCUGACAUGCCAGAUGGAUGUGUUUCACACAUCCAUCUGGAAAAAUCUUUUAUAGUAAGCAUUUGGGAAAGGGAAGAGGAUUUGAAAAAAACUUGGAGUGUGAUCAGAUGAACGUUCUGUCUGUCACAUCUUUACGGGCCAAUCACAGCAACAAAACAUGGGGUACCUGCGACUGAGGUGUGCGUGCCCAGCUACCGAGGAAUAACCAUAGACAUAAUACAUAUGGUGACUACAGACAUGUCAGUACACAUCUUUGGUCGUUUUUGAAAAGAAAACAACUCAAUGCUGUUCUUUGUUCUGCUUUUAACGAAAUGUCGUCAAGUUCUGAUAAAACUGGUGCUUUAGCAGCAUCUACGCUAAUCUUUCCUGCCAUAAUUUCACCGGCCUCCUGUUGCUGCUUGCUUACAUCACGACUCUACCGUCCGAAAAUACUGCUCCUCGGAGCUUUGCAAGAUCGAUUCGCCACUGAGAAACAAGGAAACGGGCAUAUCCGUCUGCUUUGCAAGGAUAUCUAUUCAGACCAUUUGCAACGAAACUUGAAAUUAAGCAGGUGCCUCCCAUUUCUCUUGAUUUCUGCUAAGAUGUUUCUACACUUUGAUUAGAGUCCACCUGUGGUAAAUUGAUUGGACUUUAUUUGAAAGGCAGAAGGCUUCACAACUGACAAUGUAUAUCAGAGCAAAAACCAAGCCAUGAGAUCAAAGGAACUUCCUGCAGAGCUCAGAGAGGAUUGUUGCAAGGCACAAAUUCUGCUUUCACUUUUUUAUUAUGGGAUAUUGAGUGUAGAGUAACAAGAAUAAAGAUGAAUUUAAACGACUGUAGUAUAAGGCUGCAACUGAAAUGCACUGUAGUUACUUCAGCACAUGAUUUCCCCAGAGUAGCUGUGGCAAAGUCACAUUAAAAUAGAAUUUUUCAGGCUUAUACUACUGAUGUGAGCUUGAGUCAAGCCUUGUUAUCUUGCGUACAGUCUGCUGUGGACCUGAGAUUCAUCAGAUAAACAGUGCCACUGUAGGUAAAGAGUUUCUUGAUGUAAACGCCACAUGGAAAAGGAAAUCGUGCCUGGAAGUCAUUUGACAUUGCUGCCUUCUCUGGAACUAAGGAAAUAUGCAUGUCUGUUCUCAGAGGCACAAAGAGGCUAUCAGAUUAUGAUAGACGAUGACUGCUGCGAUGUCUGACAUUGCAUCUUUCUUAACUUAAUCUUCAACUCCUUAGACUCUUAAAGAAAACUGAAAUAUAACUGACAGAGAAAACUGCUUUUCAAUAGAACUUUUCGCAAAUUAUAUAUGAAGUUUAUCAGUUGUCAUAAGCCUUAAUGGUCAGAACUACUGCCCAACAUUUUAGCCUUUCUUUUCUUUUGUGUGUGAUUGAUCACCAUCAGGCCUGUUCAGCUAACUCAUAUCAAUCUGUAUGAAUACUGGUAGAGUACUUGUGUCCUGCUUUAAAUGAUCCUAGAUAGGGAGCACUGGGAUUAUCUUUUGCUCAUUCUUUUCUACUAAGCUUAGUUUCCAUUCCCCAUUCUGGAUGAUCAAAGUCAGAGAAGCUGUUUUUAAUGUAACUUCAGCCUGUAGCAUUGUAAAGCAUAAAAUCAGAUCAUCUCGUUUUUAAUGGGGAGUAUCCAACAUGAACAUUUACAGAAAGAUCUACAUGGACACUCAGAUCUCAUGUCUUUGUGAUCUUCCAUUUGUGUUGUUUAGUCAGCUGUAAAACAGAAAGAACAGAGAGGCAAAUAUUUUUUUCUUAUACUGAGAGAAGAGAAGCCACUCAGUUGGGAAUCUGUUCCUCCUUUGCUUAAAUAUUCUGGAUGUACUCAGUCCAUUAAGUAGUCAUAAAAAGCAUGUGGUGUACAAAAUGCUGCUGAGGAAAAUGUGGCCCUGCUGUUGAUUUGGGGAUUGUGUCUUUGUAUAAAAGUGUGUUUUGAUUUUCAUGUCUUCUACGCAGACAGCAGAGUCGACCCAUCAGAUUCAUCUCAGGGGUAAAAAAACUUAAAUAAAGGUAUUUUGUAACCAUUGUUGCUGCAUAAAUGUGCCCAUAAAUUUAAUAAUUUACUGAAGGAGGCUGUGUGCUUUGUGUGUCACGUUAAAGUCAGGUGAUGUAAUAUCAAUGCAAUGGGUUUAGCUGCUACAAAACAGGCAGGAAACACUUGUGCAUGUACAAAUAUUGAUCAUUACAGUGGACAGUUUUCAAUAGAAACCAUGUUUAUAGCUUUAUUGAUGAAUCUCUUAAACAUUAAAACCCAAAAUUCUAAAGCAAUAAAAACAUAGUAGUAGCAUUUGACAGGAUCUGAGAAAAGAUCAGUCACUGCUAAUGUAUUUGUACAGCCCACACAGAGUUUCAUUAUCAUUUUAUGAUUCAUGAUGUUUUCAGCAGGCUGAAAGGACUCUAUAGGUGUUGAAGGGGGAACAUGCAGGUGUUGGAGCAGCUGUAUGUUGCGGGGCUCCCAUAGGAUUUGUAUUAGCAGAUGCAGGAAAAUAAGCCCAGGUCAGGCUACAUCAUACUGUAAGUCCUCAUGAAUGCAACAGUUGCCCAAGGCUAACUUCAUGUUUAUGUAUGGUAAUAUCAAAUAUGGUGAUUAGUCUGCCUGCAGCCUUUUCUUUGGUUUGUUUUUGUUCUCUGACGCAACAGAGUCAGAGGAAACAUUCAGUUUGACUCUAAAAAGUGCUAUCAUGUUUUUUGUAUCAAACUGGGACUCAGCAACACAUAUCCGAGAGACACAGUAGUUGUCAUGAACUAGGAGUAUCCUUUCUUAUGUCAUUUCCCACAAACUGUCCAGUUUCCAGCUUUUCUCACUGUCCUGUUUAAAUAAAGGCCUAAACUCACAUCAAUACUUUUAAAGAAGUGACAAAUAAAUGCAAUUUUUCUUCAGGCACAUCUUAUGAAGCUAUAUUUACUAAAAAUUCCUUCUUUAUUUCCCAGUGAUAUGUGAAACAUCCUUAAAAGUACCUCAGCCCUGUUUUAAAGUGCUCAAAGAUAUGCGAACAUUGAAUACCAUGGUUGAGAAAGUAUGAAUGGCGACACCUGCUGGCCAGACUUGAGACAUCUUUCUGUAUGGAUGGAUUAAAUACAGGGGUGGAAAAAUACUAAUUACAUUUUCUCAAAUUACUGUAAAUUAGUUGUUUUUUUGUAUUUGUGCUUUUUACAGUAUCACUUCUUUAAGUAUACUAAGUAGGAUUAUUUUACUUAAUGACAUUUUAAAAAAGCAUCAAGUACUGAGUAAGAAAAAAAGGAGGUACUUUUUUAAAUACAUUUUGAAAUCAGUACUUUUAUUUUUACUCAAGUAAAUUUGAAUAGGGAAACUUAACUUUUUCUUGAGUACAAUGUCCUUGUACUUUUUCCAUUUCUGUUGACUACACAGUAGAGAAUACUGAGAGAGUGUUUCUCAUCACAUCUAAAAACAGUUGUUGUGUUUUACUAUAGAGGCCUGAGAAGCCAGGAUGAGAGAUCCAUAUCCCCGUGUUGUUAUUACCAAAAGGGAAAGUUCAUAUUUUACUGUGAAACUCCUCAGUGGCGACUAAAUCUGGGUAAUUCGUCUAAAUUUCAAUUAAAUCCUAAUGUGUCCUACUGCAAUUUUAAAACGGCAAAUGUUUCAAUAUUUCUUUGACCUGAAAUGUGAGUCAAAAAACAGAUUCGUACAUUUUCUUGCAAUGGUGAUGUUAUGCUGUACACAUGCAGUAAACAUCCAAAUACCCCUCCAAUGGUAAAUAUAUAUAUAUAUCAGAUUUUUCUUAUUUUUGUAAAUGUUUUCUUAUUAAAAAAUGAGAAAAACUAAAUAAAAAAAAGAUCAUUCCUUUCAAUUGAAAAAUUCACAUUUCAUCAGCAAUAUGAGUCAAAAUAACUACAUUUAGAUAUUUUGUCAGAUUUUUCAGCCCUGGUUGCCAGGAUGAAAGAAAGAAAACAUUCAAUUAAAUACUUUUACUUGAGUAGAUUUAUAGACCAGUGCCUUUACUUUCACUUAAGUAACCAGAGUAACUGUACUUUUACUUGGUUACAAUAGUCAUGUACUUUAUCCACCCCUGGUCACACCUUAUAAUAAACAACCUGGUUGGAGAUCCAUGUUCUCUUGUAGUUUUUGCACAUUAGGAAACUAUCAUAUUUCACUGGGAAAGCCCCUUGGAUAUCAAAAGUAUUCACUACUUUGACCUAUUUAUACCUAAGUAGAUUUACAGAGCAGUACUUUUACUUCUA